AUGACCAGCAGUGAAGCCAUGGACACCCUGGGGCAGUACAAGAUCACGGUGUGGGAGGAGGAGAACUUCCAGGGCAAGCGCUGCGAGUUCCUCAUGGAGUGCCCCAGCAUCAUGGAGCGCGGCUUCCGCAAGAUCCGCUCCAUCAAGGUGGAGUCUGGCCCCUGGGUAGGCUUCGAGUACCCUGAGUACCAGGGACAGCAGUUUAUCCUGGAGAAGGGUGACUAUCCCCGGUGGGAGGCCUGGAGCGGGAACAGUGGCUACCGGACCGAGCACCUCCUCUCCUUCCGGCCUGUCAAAUGCGCAAACCACAAUGACAGCAAAGUCAUCCUCUACGAGGCUGAGAACUUCCAGGGUCACAAGUUUGAGCUGAGUGACGACUAUCCCUCGCUGCAGGCCAUGGGCUGGGGCAACAAGGAGGUGGCAUCCAUCAAAGUGAACGCCGGAGCGUGGGUGGCGUACCAGUACCCAGGAUACAGGGGCUACCAGUACGUGCUGGAGCGGGACAGACAGAACGGCGAGUUCAAGAAGUACAAUGAAUACAGCAGCCAGGCCCACACCAACCAGAUCCAAUCCAUCCGCCGCGUCCAGCACUGAACUGGGGCAGGGCUGUGUGCCCUGCAGCCUCCAGGCUGCUGUGCAAUAGACCUCUAUCCGGUAGCAAA